UUUAUUUAUAAUAUGUAGGCGCGCAUUUCCAGUGUACGCGAGCGAUAAUCAAAAUUUACAACAACAAAUUUCACUAUUUAACUCAAUAUCGCGUUCGAUGAUUUAGUAGUAUUUCUGCAAGUGAGUCGUGUACAGUUUCAACGUGUCCGGAGGGAGUUUGAGCACGAAAAUCAGCAGAUGGUCAAAAGUACCAUGGAGCAACUACAAAACCGAUGGCUGACCCUGAUAGUAGUCAUUUUAGUUCAAACGAUUCUAGACGGUAAAGGUUCAGAAGCGAUCCAAUGUUACCGCUGCAAGGUGGCCUCAUUUGUCUACACCGACACCAUCCCCAUUUGCAAGGACUUCGACUUAUCGGAGAGGUUCAUAGUGGACUGUCCCUACUCGACUUGGUGUGUCAAGACCAACAGAUUCACCAAAUUAAAUGGAAAAGAAGUGAAUGGUACCGAGAGGUACUGCGCCCAACAGAGGGAAAUCAGUCAGAUACUGCAGGACAACAAAUGGCACUAUCAAACCCUUAUAAGGGAGGGUUAUCAGGAAGGCUGUAACGUUACCAAGGACCGAGUUAGGACAGCUAUAGUGGAGGAACAUUGCUAUUGCACGGGGGAUCUGUGCAAUGCAGCCAACUAUAGUAGAUACUCACCGUUGCUCUAUAUAUUAGUCACUUUUACCUUAUGUUAUAUAUAAUAAUUAAGGAUUAAAUAAAAUCACUUACCCGA